AUGCCUAUAAAUGGCAAUAAAGCCCUCAAGCUUCAGUUUGGGCUGAUUAAUUAUGAAAAUCGCUACCUGACAGCGGAGGCUUUUGGAUUCAAAGUGAAUGCUUCAGCUCCAAGUCUCAAGAAGAAGCAGAUCUGGACACUUGAGCAAGAUGAAAUUGAUGGCCAAGUGGUUUAUUUGCAGAGCCACCUGGGCCGCUACCUGGCCUCCGACAAAGAUGGCAAGGUGAGUUGUGAAGCAGAGACACGGGAGAAUGUCUGCAGGUUCAUAAUUGUGGAGCAGUCAGAUGGUCGAUGGGCCUUGCAAUCUGAGCCACAUCUGCGCUUCUUUGGAGGGUCGAAAGACCACCUGUCUUGCUUUGCUCAGACUAUUGGUGAACCAGAACUCUGGACUAUGCACCUGGCCCUUCACCCACAAGCCAGCUUGCUAAGUGUAGCCCGCAAGCGUUAUGCUCAUCUGUCUGCACCUGACAGUGAAAUAGCUGUGGACAGCAACAUUCCAUGGGGUGUUGAUGCUCUUCUAACUCUAGUUUAUAUGGAUGGCAAAUAUUGCCUGAAGACCAGUGAUAGCCGCUUCUUAAGCAAUGAUGGGAAACUCUUGUUUGAAAAUGGCCGUGGAACUGUAUACACAUUGGAGCUGAAAUCAGGCAAGUUAGCCUUUAAGGACUGUGAAGGAAAGUACUUGAGCCCAAUGGGACCAACAGGUACCUUACGCUCAGGACGCUGCUCCAAACCAGGCAAGGAUGAGUUGUUCGACCUAGAGGAGAGUCAUCCACAGGUGGUGUUUCAAGCUGCCAAUAACAGAUUUGUCUCCAUUCGACAAGGGGUAAACAUCUCGGCAAAUCAGGAUGAUGAAACAGACAUGGAGACGUUUCAGAUGGAGAUUGAUAAAGAAAGCAAAAAGUGCAAGUUCAGGACAAAUGAAGGCAACUACUGGACGCUUGUAGCUCACGGAGGCAUCCAGUCCACAGCCAAAGAAGUAAGUGCCAACACCAUGUUUGAUAUUGUGUGGCUUGGACGGCAUGUGGCACUACAAGCUAGCAAUGGGAAAUAUGUGUGCACCAAGAAGAAUGGACAACUUGCUGCAGUUAGUGACUCUAUAGGUGGGUGUGGACAUAUACCAAAACAAAACUUGUCUUUCACAGGUGAGGAUGAACAGUUGAUUUUGAAGCUGAUCAAUAGACCCAUCUUAAUUCUCCGGGGUGAGAAUGGAUAUGUAUGCCGUCACAAAAACUCCAACACACUCGAUGCAAACCGCUCAGUUUAUGACAUCUUUACAUUACAAUUCAGUGAUGGGGCAUACCAUAUUAAAGGUGCAGGAGGGCGGUUCUGGUAUGUGUCCAGCACUGGUUUGGUUUGUUCAGAUGGAGACACACCCGAAGACUUCUGCUUAGAGUUUUUAGAGCAUGGUCACAUUGCAAUAAAGGGCAAAAAUGGCAAGUACCUGCGUGGAGACCAGGGUGGCACACUGAAAUGUGAUGGAGAAACUGCAGAUAACUCGUGUCUCUGGGAAUAUUGACAUUGAGUGGUCAUUUUAAGGACAUUCGGUCUUCUGCCUCUCGAUGGGUUAUUAUGGGGCUCAGCAUGGUAUUUUUGAACAUGGAUUGUUGAAUUAAUACACAUGUGAGCUAAACCAGAUGUUUUCUUUGUAUAUUAGUGUAUGUCAAUACUGUCUCAAUAGCUAAAUGCAAAUCUCCCAGAUUCUGAAUGUGAUA